AUGUCUUCCACAUCUCGUCUUGUUAAAGUCAGCUACAGGAACAGAAGCAGCCAGCCAAGUGGGCCUGCGGAGUCCCUCAAAGAACUGCAGCAAAAGUUAAAGGAGGAACGUGAAGCCAAGCGUGCCCAACUUGAUGGACGACAUGACUAUGUGCUAAGCAUCGUGGCGUCGUGCCUGGGAUUAGAGAAGUCUGAUGUGGAGGAUGCCAUGCUGGACGGGGAUCAGCUUGAUCGCAUGGAGCAGUUCUUUGUGGCUGAAGGGCUUCCACACCUCAUGCUUUACUAUCAGGAAACUGGGCCAGUGGAAGGAGCAUCAUCAUCAUCCUCAUAUCUACAGCUUCCGCAUCCUCCUGGUCACAGCAGAAGGUGUAAAGUGUUUGUGACGGACGGGAGGGAUGUAGCCCUGACUGGAGUGUGUGUCUUCUUCACCAGAGCCAACACUUCAAAAGCAAUCACUUCUGAAAACAUCCACAGAGAUGUCAAUUUCAAUAUGUUGGACACUUCAGAAGGAGGUCUUUUAAAAAGCGUAGAGCAGCUGCUCUCUGAGGUCUUCAUCCCAACACUAACGAAGAUGAACCAUGGCUGGGGAGAGCUGGCUAGUCCACAGGCCCAAGCAGUUAAACAGGACUUCAUAUCAUCAUUGGAAAAUUUUGUGUCUGUUUUGGCCGGGGCACAAGAAAGCCUGCGAGAAAAGGUUACUUUAAAAGAGUGUGACACAUUUGACCUCCGGGUGCUGAAAGGCCCAUCAGACUACAUGGCAGCAGCCAAUAACACAGAGACCAUAGAAAAGAUAGAAGCCUGCAUGAAAGUCUGGAUUAAACAGAUCGAACAGGUUUUAGCUGAGAGUGACCAGCUCAGAAAAGAAGCUGAGGAUCUUGGCCCACGGGCAGAGCUGGACCACUGGAAGAAACGCAUGUCCCGCUUCAACUACCUUCUGGAUCAGCUUAAAAGCCCUGAUGUAAAGGCAGUGCUUGGUGUGCUUUUGAUGGCUAAAUCUAAAAUCAUCAAGUUGUGGCGGGAACUGGACACCAGGAUUACUGAUUCAGCAAACGAGGCCAAAGACAACGUCAAGUAUCUUUACAGCUUGGAGAAGUUUUGUGAUCCUCUUUACAACAGUGACCCUGUAGCCAUGGUGGAUGCCAUCCCGGGUCUCAUAAAUGCUAUCAGAAUGAUUCACAGAAUCUCCCACUACUACAAUACAUCUGAAAAGAUUACAUCACUCUUUGUCAAGGUAACAAACCAGAUGAUAACAGCCUGCAAAGGCUACAUUACUAAUAAUGGAGCAAAUUCCAUUUGGGAUCAACCACAACAAGUUGUAGAGGAAAAAAUCCAAGCUGCCAUCCACUUGAACCAGGAGUAUCAGCAGUGUUUCCAUAAGACCAAGGCCAAGCUCGAGCAAGCUCCAACAGAAAGACAGUUUGACUUCAGUGAGAUGUACAUUUUUGGGAAGUUUGACACCUUCCAGCGACGACUCCACAAGAUACUGGAAAUGUUAGCCACCAUUUCCACCUACUCGGCCCUGCAGGACUCAAAGAUAGAGGGACUGGAGAUGGUGGCCACCAGGUUUCAAACAACAGAAAUGCAGGCGAAAUGGGAGACAAUCGUGCUGAAUAUGAAGACUAAACAUUACAGUUUCCUCGACCAGAGAAGAACCGACUUUGAUGUUGACUAUGAGGAGUUCUGCAAAAGCACCUCUGAGCUUCAUGAGGAGCUGAAGAGUUUUAUGGAUUGCACCUUUGACAAAAUUCAAAAUACAGAACGAGCGCUUGAUGUGCUGAAGAAGUUUGAACGAUUGGGCAUCCCCAACCUGGGAAUUGAGGAGAAGUACCAGCAUGUUUUCCAGAACUAUGGCCGAGACAUUGAAAUGGUGUCCCGUCUUUACAUGAAGCAGAAACUGGAUCCACCAAUCGGCCGAGACUUGCCCCCAGUCUCCGGUCGGAUCAUGUGGGCUCGACAGCUGUACAGCAGGAUCCAGGGCCCCAUGGAUCUCUUUCAAAAGCAUACUGGAGUUCUUUCUACACCGGAUGCUAAGAAGAUAAUCAGGAAUUACAACAGAGUAGCAACGGUUCUGCUUGAGUACGAGAUACUUUACCAUCACAGCUGGAUAAAAAAGGUUGAGGAUGCCAGGGCAGGCCUACAGGCUUCUUUGCUGUUCCGAUCACCAGAGACAGGAGAGUUGUUUGUGAACUUUGACCCGGAGAUUCUGACCCAGAUCAGAGAGGCAAACUGCAUGAGCCGGAUCAAUUUGGAGAUCCCACCCUUUGCUGCUUUGCUGCAGCGAAAACAGGACACCCUGAAAAUGAACUACAACAAGCUGCAGUUGAUGUUGAGUGACAACACCAGAGUGCGAGCAAAUAUUCAGAGUGCCUUUGAGCAGUUGGCCAUGCCACAUGUCGCUAAGGUGGAUGACGCAAUACAGCCGGGGUUAACCUCCCUCAACUGGACAUCAAUGAACAUAGACAAGUACCUCAGUAACAUCGACAAAGCCUUAGAGGAUCUGGAGCUGUUGAUGGACAGAGUGAACGACCUGGCAGAGUUCAGGAUAGAUGCAGUGUUGCAGGAGAUGAGCACAUGCACACUGUGCUGUCUCCCAGAAGAUGAACCAGUCACCUGUGAGGACUUUGUUAGGACCACCAGGGAUUUGUGUAUAAAACAAGCCCAGAGUCUGCACACCAAGAGCUUGCAGGUGGAAGAAGCAGCUAAUGACCUGAUCAACAUGCUGCUGGAGUUUGACAACAGUCAACGAGAGGAGGCUGAGAAGGUGGAAGAGGAAAGCUGCUGUCAGAGCAAAACAGAACACCACAUUGACAGCCAAGAAACCCGCCUCCUCUCCAGAAACACCUUGCUCCCUCCUCCGAGUGUUGGUCCAUCUUCUCCCUUGGUGAGGAGGAAGAGGAGGAAGGACCUGAUGGAAAUAAUGGAAGAAGAAGCACAGGAGCUGUUGACAUAUUUCAACCACCGCAACGUAGAUGCUUUGCUCAGACUGACACGUAACACCUUGGAGAUGUUACGCAAGCGCAUCCAGUUCUCCCCACUUGCACAUUUCAUGGGUGAAAAUGACUCACCCAGACACGGGAGGAGCAACGGCCAGCAGGCAAUUUUCAGAGUCAAGGUGUCCCUCUCCAUUCCAAAUAUCGUAGUCAUUCCGAGUCUGGAGGAUAUACAGCAGGCAUUGAACAGGGCCGUGGACUCUGUGGUCAGCGUCAGCAAGGGCGUUGGCCAAUGGAGCAAGGAAAGAAUCUCAAAGAGACAAAUGAAUGAAAGGCGAAUAGCAGCAUUGAAACUAGACAGUUCUGAAAGUGAAUCAGAAGAUGGAACAACAACAUACAGAAGCCUGGCGGAUGGUAGCACCUCUGAGAUUUCAGCAUAUGCAAGUCAAGCAAGUCCCUUCCAAGCCAGAAACUACUACAAGAAUGUUUCUGAGAACAAGGAGAUUGUCAAGCUGGUUUCUGUUCUCGGCACAUCCAUUCUUUCCACCAGAAAGGAGGUGAUGCAAGCUCUUGACCGUUUCAGUGAUUACCAUCACAUUUGGAGAAAGGACCGAGGUGACACUAUGCAAAAGUUCCUCCAUGGUAGUCCAUUGCUGUCAGAGUUUGAGAGCCAGAUUCUCUACUAUCGAGACUUGCAGCUGGAAAUAAACUCAGGGCCAGAGUGCAUCACUGUUGGAUCCCUGGCUCUAUUUACAGAGGAUUUGAAGAUGUCUCUCACAGCUGAAACAAAAAACUGGAUGGUGGACUACGGGCUGUACUGUAACAGGAAAUAUCGUUCCGAGAUGGAGCAGAUCUUCGCUUUUGUGGAUGAAGCGGGAAAGAAACUGAACCGCCAGAUUAAAGACCUUGAUGACAUUCGCAUUGCCAUGGCAGCAUUCAAGGAGAUCAGAGAGAACCAAAUAGCCAUUGACUUUCAAGUCGGCCCCAUUGAGGAGUCCUAUGCCAUGCUUCACAAGUAUGAGCUCUCAGUGGCGAAAGAAGAAGCUGACAAGGUAGACACAGUGCGCUACAUGUGGGAGAAGCUUUUGUCCCGGAGCACAGAGGUGCAAAAUGAACUGAUUGCCCUGCAGCCGAAGUUCAGAGGAGAGCUAUUCACUAACAUGCAGGUCUUCACGGAAGACUGUCAACAGUUUUACAUGGACUACGAUAAGGAUGGUCCAAUGGUGGUGGGGUUAGCUCCUCAGGAUGCCAGCGAUAGACUUAUCAUGUACCAGAAUCGUUUCGAUAACCUGUUCAGAAAGUACAUCACCUACACAGGUGGUGAAGAGCUGUUUGGACUUCCUGUUACCCAGCAUCCUCAGCUCUUAGAAAUUAGAAAGCAGCUGUCUCUGCUGCAGAAGCUGUAUGGCCUCUACAGCAAUGUCAUUGAAACCGUGAAUGGGUACAAUGACAUCCUCUGGGCUGACUUGCACAUUGAGAAAAUCAAUAAUGAUCUACUGGACUUUCAAACAAGAUGUCGCAAGCUACCUCGAGCUCUCAAGGAAUGGGAAGCAUUUCUGGAGCUGAAGAAAAUAAUUGAUGAAUUCAAUGAGUGCUGUCCUCUUUUGGAGCUAAUGGCCAACAAAGCCAUGAUGAUGCGCCACUGGAAGAGAAUUACAGAGGUGACAGGACAUACCUUUGAGGUUGAGACUGAUACCUUCAAGCUGCGCAGCAUUAUGGAGGCUCCUCUUCUCAAGUACAAAGAGGAGAUUGAGGAUAUUUGCAUCAGUGCAGUGAAAGAGCGGGAUAUUGAGCAGAAGCUCAAGCAAGUGAUUGCGGAGUGGGACAACAAGACUUUUACAUUUGCCAACUUUAAGACCCGUGGGGAGCUCUUACUGAGAGGAGACAGCACAUCAGAGAUCAUUUCCAGCAUGGAGGAUAGUCUCAUGGUUUUAGGAUCUCUUAUGAGUAACAGGUACAACAGCCCAUUUAAAGCCCAGAUUCAGAAAUGGGUUCUGAAUCUAUCCAACACCACUGAUAUCAUAGAAAACUGGAUGACUGUGCAGAACCUUUGGAUUUACCUGGAGGCAGUAUUUGUGGGGGGAGACAUAGCUAAACAGCUACCCAAGGAAGCAAAGCGUUUCUCCAACAUUGACAAAUCUUGGGUGAAGAUCAUGACACGAGCCCAUGAUAUGCCCAAUGUGAUCCAGUCAUGUGUUGGUGAUGAGACAAUGGGACAAUUGCUUCCUCACCUGCUUGAGCAACUGGAGAUCUGCCAGAAAUCUCUAACUGGCUAUUUGGAGAAGAAGCGUCUGAUGUUUCCUCGAUUCUUCUUUGUUUCUGACCCUGCCCUGCUUGAGAUCUUGGGCCAGGCAUCGGACUCCCACACCAUCCAAGCGCACCUGCUCAAUGUCUUUGAUAACAUUAAAUCUGUCCAGUUCCAUGACAAGAUGUAUGACCGCAUCCUGGCUGUAUCAUCCCGAGAGGGUGAAACUAUGGAAUUGGAUCGUCCAGUCACAGCAGAAGGGAAUGUUGAGGUGUGGCUCAACGCCUUAUUGAAGGAAUCCCAGAGGUCUUUGCACAUGAUCAUCCGAAUGGCUGUCCUAGCCAUCCAGGAUUCUGGCUUCCAACUUAUUGACUUUGUCAACUCCUUUCCUGCUCAGGUGGGCUUGCUCGGUAUCCAGAUGAUAUGGACGAGGGACUCUGAGGAAGCCCUGUCUAAUGCUCGAUAUGAUCGUCGAAUUAUGGCGAAAACCAACCAAAUCUUCUUAGAUCUGCUCAACACUCUGAUUGAUAUGACCACAAGGGACCUCAGUGCCGUGGACAGAACCAAGUACGAGACUCUCAUCACUAUCCAUGUUCACCAGAGGGACAUAUUUGAUGACCUGUGCCGACUGCAUGUCAAAAGCCCUGGAGACUUUGAGUGGUUGAAGCAAUGUCGUUUCUACUUCAAUGAGGACACAGACAAAAUGAUGAUCAACAUCACAGACGUGGGCUUUGUCUACCAGAAUGAAUUUUUGGGCUGCACUGAAAGGCUUGUCAUCACGCCGUUGACUGACAGGUGCUACAUCACCCUUGCCCAGGCUCUCUGUAUGAGUAUGGGUGGAGCCCCUGCAGGUCCUGCAGGAACAGGUAAAACAGAGACCACUAAAGACAUGGGUCGCUGUCUGGGAAAGUACGUGGUAGUCUUUAACUGUUCUGACCAGAUGGACUUCAGAGGUCUGGGAAGAAUAUUCAAGGGUCUUGCUCAGUCUGGUUCGUGGGGUUGUUUUGACGAAUUCAACCGCAUUGACCUUCCCGUCCUGUCAGUAGCAGCACAGCAGAUUUCAAUAGUGCUCACCUGUAAGAAAGAACGACGGAAAAAUUUUGUCUUUACUGAUGGAGAAAAUGUGGAGAUGAAUCCGGAAUUUGGCAUCUUUCUAACAAUGAACCCGGGUUAUGCAGGACGACAAGAACUUCCAGAGAACCUGAAGAUCAACUUUCGUUCUGUGGCAAUGAUGGUUCCUGACCGUCAAAUCAUCAUCAGAGUGAAACUAGCCAGCUGUGGCUUCAUAGACAACAUGGAGCUGGCUCGCAAGUUCUUCACUCUCUACAAGCUCUGUGAAGAGCAACUUUCCAAGCAGGUUCACUAUGACUUUGGUUUACGGAACAUCCUGUCAGUGCUGCGAACUCUGGGAGCUGCCAAACGAGCCAACCCCAGCGACACUGAGUCCACCAUCGUCAUGAGGGUCCUGAGAGACAUGAACCUCUCGAAACUGAUUGAUGAAGAUGAGCCACUCUUCUUGAGCUUGAUAGAAGACCUCUUCCCAGGCAUCCACCUUGAUAAAGCAGGCUACCCUGAACUCGAGGCAGCCAUUGAUAAACAGGUUGAAGACGCAGGUUUGAUCUGCCACCCUCCCUGGAAACUGAAGAUCAUCCAGUUAUUUGAGACUCAAAGGGUCCGACAUGGCAUGAUGGCCCUGGGGCCCAGCGGGGCAGGAAAGACAACUUGUAUCCAUACACUGAUGAAAGCGAUGACAGAGUGUGGUCAGCCUCACAGAGAGAUGCGUAUGAACCCAAAAGCCAUCACUGCACCUCAGAUGUUUGGUCGACUUGAUGUGGCUACAAACGACUGGACUGAUGGCAUCUUCUCAACACUUUGGAGGAAAACUCUAAAGGCAAAGAAAGGAGAGCACAUUUGGAUUGUCCUGGAUGGACCGGUUGAUGCCAUCUGGAUAGAGAACCUUAAUUCAGUUUUGGAUGACAACAAAACGCUUACUCUGGCAAAUGGAGACCGUAUACCCAUGGCUCCCAACUGUAAGGUGGUGUUUGAGCCACAUAACAUUGACAAUGCCUCUCCAGCCACUGUCUCACGCAAUGGCAUGGUAUUCAUGAGCUCCUCGGUGCUCAGCUGGAGCCCCAUACUGGAAGGUUGGUUGAAGAAACGCUCCCCCCAGGAGGCAACGGUGCUGAGAGCUCUCUUCUCUUCUUCCUUUCCUGAACUGUACCGCUUCUGUGUACAGUCACUUGAGUUCAAGAUGGACCUGCUCGAGGCCUUUGUGAUCAUGCAGUGCAUCAACAUGCUGCAGGGACUCAUUCCACCAAAGGAACAGUCUGUCGACUUAUCUCGAGAGCACUUGGAGCGCCUAUAUGUCUUUGCUCUGAUGUGGAGCGCAGGUGCUGUUCUUGAACUGGAUAAUCGAAAGAAAAUGGAGACGUGGCUGAGAGGAAAUGGCGAUAUCCAUCUAAACUUACCAGACAUCUGUCCCAACAGCGAGGACACCAUGUUUGACUACCACGUCACCACAGAUGGUCAAUGGGUCCACUGGAGCACGAGAGUGGAGGAAUAUGUUUACCCUUUGGAAAUAACCCCGGAGUACAGCUCCAUCUUGGUACCCAAUGUGGAUAAUGUUCGAACAGACUUCCUGAUACAAACCAUCACCAAGCAGGGAAAGGCUGUUUUGCUGAUUGGAGAGCAAGGAACAGCCAAAACAGUCAUGAUUAAGGGUUACAUGUCAAAGCUGCAUGCCGAGACCCACAUGGGCAAAAGUCUUAAUUUUUCCUCUGCCACUACACCACUCAUGUUCCAGAGGACUGUUGAGAGUUAUGUGGAUAAGAGGAUGGGCAGCACCUAUGGACCCCCAGCUGGGAAAAAAAUGUCAAUUUUUAUUGAUGACAUUAACAUGCCUGUCAUCAACGAGUGGGGAGAUCAGGUGACAAAUGAAAUCGUCCGACAACUGAUGGAACAGAACGGGUUCUUCAAUCUGGAAAAACCAGGAGAGUUCACCAGUAUCAUAGAUGUACAGUUCCUGGCAGCGAUGAUCCAUCCAGGAGGAGGCCGUAAUGACAUCCCACAAAGACUGAAAAGACAGUUUGCCAUCUUUAACUGUACCCUACCUUCUAAUUCCUCCAUUGACAAGAUCUUUGGUGUAAUUGGUGAAGGCUACUUCUGUGCACGCCGCUGUUUUGUCAAUGAGGUUCAACGCGCCGUGCCUUUUCUGGUGUCCCUGACUCGCCAUCUUUGGCAACUCACCAAGGUUAAGAUGCUUCCGACUCCAGCCAAGUUCCAUUACAUCUUCAACCUCAGGGAUCUGUCCAGGGUGUGGCAAGGCAUGCUAAAUACCAAUGCAGAGGUGGUCAACUCCACACAGGUGCUUUUGGCAUUAUGGAAGCAUGAGUGCAAACGGGUGAUAGCUGACAGAUUUAUCAUGCCUGAGGAAGUGGAAUGGUUUGACCAGACUUUGGCGAAACUGGUAGGGGACACACUUGGAGAGGAGCACAGGAACAUAGUAGACCUUGGUGUGGACAGGUACUUUGUCGACUUCCUGCGAGACACACCUGAAGCAACAGGAGAAGAGCCAGAAGAUUCUAAUUUGGAUUUGCCCAAAGUGUACGAGCCCAUUGAGUCAUUUGAGAGCCUAAAGGGUCGACUGAACAUGUUCUUGUGUCUUUACAAUGAGAGUGUCAGAGGCACUGGCAUGGACAUGGUCUUCUUUCAGGAUGCCAUGAUACAUUUAGUCAAGGUGUCGAGGAUAAUCCGGACACCUGGAGGUAAUGCCUUGUUAGUUGGAGUUGGAGGCUCAGGCAAACAGAGCUUGACAAGACUGGCAUCAUUCAUCGCUGGAUAUGAGAUUUUCCAGAUCACUCUCACACGGUCCUACAACACAACAAACUUGAUGGACGACCUAAAAGGCUUGUACAGGACAGCGGGCCUGCUCGGAAAAGGCAUCAGCUUCAUUUUCACUGACAAUGAAAUCAAAGAAGAGUCCUUCCUUGAAUAUAUGAACAACGUUCUCUCAUCUGGAGAGGUGUCCAACCUGUUUGCUCGGGAUGAAAUAGACGAGAUUCUCAGUGAUCUCGUCCCAAUCAUGAAGCGAGAGUUCCUGAGGCGGCCGCCAACCAAUGAAAACCUGUACGAGUACUUUAUGUCACGAGUGAGACACAAUCUUCAUGUCAUUCUGUGUUUCUCACCUGUUGGGGAAAAGUUCCGCAACCGGGCGUUAAAAUUCCCAGCACUGAUAUCUGGUUGCACAAUGGACUGGUUCAGACGCUGGCCUAAAGAUGCUCUUGUUGCAGUUUCAGAGCACUUUGUGUCUGUGUUUGAUAUCGACUGCUCACUCCAAGUGAAGAGUGAGGUAGUUCAAUGCAUGGGCUCUUUCCAGGAUGGGGUGGCUGAGAAGUGUGUGGAUUACUUCCAGAGAUAUCGCCGCUCCACCCACGUCACUCCCAAGUCCUACCUUUCCUUCAUCCAGGGCUACAAGAGCAUCUACGAGGAAAAAAGGUCUGAAGUCCAAACGCUGGCCAAUAGGAUGAACACAGGCCUCCAGAAGCUCAAGGAGGCAUCAGAGUCAGUAGCAGCACUCAGCAAAGAGCUGGAAGUGAAAGAGAAGGAACUACAGGUGGCCAAUGAAAAGGCUGAUAUGGUGCUGAAAGAGGUGACGGUCAAAGCCCAGGCAGCUGAGCGGGUGAAGGUGGAGGUUCAGAAAGUCAAGGACAAGGCUGAGGCUAUUGUGGACAGGAUCUCAGCGGACAAGGCCAUUGCAGAGCAAAAACUUGAAGCUGCCAAGCCUGCGCUGGAGGAAGCUGAGGCAGCACUGCAGACAAUCAAGCCAUCAGACAUCGCUACGGUGCGCACACUGGGCCGUCCUCCCCACCUCAUCAUGCGGAUCAUGGACUGCGUGCUGCUGCUCUUCCAGAGGCGGGUCAACCCUGUAAAGAUCGACCCAGAAAAGAACUGCAACACUCCAUCAUGGCAGGAGUCUCUCAAACUCAUGACAGCAGGAAACUUUCUGGGCAGCCUACAGCAAUUCCCCAAAGACACCAUUAAUGAGGAGAUGGUGGAGCUUCUGCAGCCCUAUUUUGACAUGCCGGACUACAACAUUGAAACAGCAAAGAGGGUAUGUGGCAACGUGGCUGGGCUUGCAUCCUGGACAAAAGCCAUGGCAUCUUUCUUUUCCAUCAACAAGGAGGUCUUGCCCUUAAAGGCGAACUUGGCAGUGCAGCAGAAUCGUUUGGCCAUCGCUCAUGCAGACUUUCAGAAGGCUCAGGCUGAGCUGGAUGCCAAGCAGACAGAGCUGGAUGUGGUACAGGGCGAGUAUGAGAAGGCCAUGAUGGAAAAACAGACACUGCUGGAGGACGCGGAGCGCUGCAGACACAAGAUGCAGACCGCCUCCAGUCUGAUUAGCGGCUUAGCUGGCGAGAAGGAGAGAUGGACAGAGCAGAGCAAAGAGUUUGCUGCCCAGACUAAACGACUUGUUGGUGACGUACUUCUAGCCACAGCGUUCUUGUCUUACUCUGGUCCCUUCAACCAGGAGUUUCGUAAUCUCCUGCUGAGUGAUUGGCAGAAUGAACUGAAGCAGCGUCAAAUCCCACAUGGCAAUAAUCUCAAUCUGACUGAGCUGCUCAUUGAUGCACCCACUGUCAGUGAGUGGAAUCUACAGGGGCUCCCUAAUGAUGAUCUGUCCAUCCAGAAUGGCAUCAUUAUCACCAAAGCUGCACGCUUCCCUCUCCUCAUUGAUCCACAAACACAGGGAAAAAUUUGGAUCAAGAACAAAGAGGCCAGGAGCGAACUACAGAUUACCUCACUGAAUCACAAGUACUUCAAGAACCACCUGGAGGACAGCUUGUCCCUUGGGCGCCCCCUGUUGAUUGAGGAUGUAGGGGAGGAGUUGGACCCUGCUCUCGAUAACAUUCUCGAAAAAAACUUCAUCAAGACUGGGUCCACUUACAAGGUGAAAAUUGGAGACAAAGAGGUGGACGUCAUGAAGGGCUUCAGACUGUAUAUGACUACCAAGCUGCCCAAUCCAGCAUACACCCCUGAGAUCAGUGCCCGCACCUCCAUUAUCGACUUCACCGUAACAAUGCGGGGACUGGAGGACCAGCUUCUAGGCCGAGUCAUCCUCAAAGAAAAACAGGAACUGGAAAAGGAGAGGACAGAUCUCUUGGAGGACGUUACAUCAAACAAGCGGAAGAUGAAGGAACUUGAGGACAACCUCCUCUGCCGAUUGACGAGCACACAGGGCUCGCUGGUUGAUGAUGAGAGUCUGAUUGCUGUUCUCGCCAACACCAAGUGCACAGCUGAAGAGGUCAAUCAGAAACUACAGAUUGCAGCUGACACUGAGGUCCAAAUCAAUGCUGCCAGGGAGGAAUAUCGACCUGUGGCCACCAGGGGCAGCAUCUUGUACUUCCUGAUCACAGAGAUGAGUAUGGUAAAUGUAAUGUACCAGACCUCCCUAAGGCAGUUCCUAGGACUUUUUGACCUUUCACUGGCCAGGUCCUUUAAAAGUCCCAUCACCAGCAAGCGUAUCGCCAACAUCAUAGAGUUCAUGACCUUUGAGGUGUACAGGUACGCAGAGCGGGGCCUGUACGAGGAGCACAAGUUUCUCUUCACUCUGCUCUUGACGCUGAAAAUCGACAUGCAAAGCAGCAGGGUUAAGCACGAGGAGUUUCUCACGCUCAUUAAAGGAGGUGCAUCACUGGACCUAAAGGCUUGUCCUCCAAAACCAGCAAAAUGGAUACUUGACAUGACUUGGCUCAAUCUUGUGGCUCUCAGCAAACUAUGGCAGUUCUCUGAUGUGCUUGAUCAGAUAAGUCAUAAUGAGAAGCAGUGGAAGAUGUGGUUUGAUAAGGAAGCCCCAGAGGAGGAAAAGGUCCCAAACGCAUACGAUCAGUCUCUCGACUGUUUUAGGCGCCUGCUCCUUAUUCGCUGCUGGUGUCCUGACCGAACCAUUGCACAGGCCCGUAAAUACAUAAUGGAUGCAAUGGGGGAGAAGUACACUGAAGGGGCCAUUCUUGACUUGGAAAAGACUUGGGAGGAAUCAGAUUCACGAACACCUCUCAUCUGUUUCUUGUCCAUGGGCUCUGACCCAACUGACUCCAUCAUUGCUCUGGGGAAAAGGCUGAAGAUUGAGACUCGAUAUGUCUCCAUGGGACAAGGGCAAGAGGUCCAUGCCCGCAAACUUCUGCAGCAGAACAUGGCAAAUGGUGGCUGGGCCUUACUCCAAAACUGCCACCUGGGUCUGGAGUUCAUGGGCGAGCUCAUGGACACAAUAACAGAGACAGACUCUGUUCACGAAAGCUUUCGCCUGUGGAUGACCACCGAGGUUCACAAACACUUCCCCAUCACGCUUCUUCAAAUGUCAAUCAAGUUCACCAAUGAACCACCGCAGGGCUUGAAGGCGGGGCUUAAAAGGACCUAUGGAGGCAUAAACCAGGACCUUUUGGAUGUCAGUAAUAUGGCCCAGUGGAAGCCAAUGCUGUAUGGUGUGGCAUUUCUUCAUAGCACUGUACAGGAAAGGAGAAAGUACGGCCCUUUGGGAUGGAACAUUCCGUAUGAGUUUAACCAGGCAGACUUCAACGCCACUGUGCAGUUUGUUCAGACCCACCUUGAUGAUAUAGACAUGAAAAAGGGCGUGUCAUGGAAUACAGUCCGUUACAUGAUUGGAGAAAUUCAGUAUGGUGGCCGUGUGACAGACGACUAUGACAAACGCCUCCUCAACACCUUUGCCAAAGUGUGGUUCAGUGAGGAAAUGUUUGGACCUGCUUUCAGCUUCUAUAAAGGCUACAGCAUUCCCAGAUGUUCAAAUCUUGACCAAUAUCUUACAUAUAUCCAGGGUCUCCCAGCCUAUGACUCUCCAGAGGUGUUUGGUUUGCACCCGAAUGCAGACAUCAGCCACCAAAGCACAUUAGCAAAGGACGUAUUGGACACAAUUCUCAGUAUUCAGCCUAAAGAUAGCUCAUCAGGGGGAGGAGAAACCAGAGAGGCUGUGGUGUCCAGGCUGGCUGAUGACAUGCUGGAGAAACUGCCUGCAGACUAUGUACCUUUUGAAGUGAGAGAGCGUCUCCAAAAGAUGGGUCCUUUCCAGCCGAUGAACAUCUUCCUUCGUCAGGAGAUAGACCGAAUGCAGAGGGUCAUAGUUCUGGUUCGAAACACCCUGACUGAUCUCAAGUUGGCGAUCGAUGGUACCAUCAUCAUGAGUGAGAACCUACGAGAUGCCCUGGACUGCAUGUAUGAUGCACGCAUUCCUGAACGCUGGAAGAAGGAAUCAUGGGCCUCCAGCACUCUGGGAUUCUGGUUCACAGAGUUGCUCGAGCGGAACAGGCAGUUUCAGGCUUGGAUCUUUGAGGGGCGCCCCAACUGCUUCUGGAUGACAGGCUUCUUCAACCCGCAGGGCUUCCUGACAGCCAUGAGACAGGAGAUCACCCGGGCCAAUAAAGGCUGGGCUCUGGACCGCAUGGUGCUUUGCAACGAAGUGACCAAGUGGAUGAAGGAUGACAUCACGCAGCCCCCGGCCGAGGGAGUGUACGUCUACGGCCUGCACCUGGAGGGGGCCGGAUGGGAUCGCCGUACCUGCAAACUCAUCGACUCCAAACCCAAAGUCCUGUUUGAGAUGAUGCCUGUGAUCCGGAUGUACGCCGAGAAUAAUGGAACCAAGGACAGUCGCCUUUACUCCUGUCCAAUCUACAAAAAACCUAUUAGGACAGACUUGAACUACAUAGCAGCGGUGGACCUGAAAACCUCACUUGCUCCAGAAUUCUGGAUCCUACGAGGUGUGGCGCUCCUCUGUGAUGUCAAAUAAUCUCCAGGUAUUGACAGAAUGUGAACCCUCCAACAUGCAUUAAAUCUCUCUGUGGGAGUGAGAGGACGUGCAGGACAAACAGCGGUUGUUUGUUUCCACCUGGUUGUGUUUUAACAAUAAAGCAGCUGUACCCUUUUAGGACUUGCAGUAAAAUGACAACAGAGGCGGCUUGUAAAUUUGACCUUUACAUCUGAAAUGCAGCAGGCGCACAUGUAGCAGGAUGUGACCCUCACAGCAAAAAAAACUCAUUUAUAAACAACUGGAGCUGCUUGAACAGCUUCAUAAAGCGCAUUCACCUGUGACUUAUUUGUACACUGCAGCAUUAACAUGGUUAAAAUGAAUACACUUUCUUGUAGAAAUAACUUGUAAAAAUAAGGGGAGAAGAUCAAACUGCUCCUAUAUGCACCUUAUACAGAGUUUUUCCUCUCUUGACUGUAUUUACGACGUACGGAUCCCCUAAGGAGGAGGUGUCCAAACUUUUUCCACCGAGGGCCGCAUACUGAAAAUCGAAGAAUGCAGGGGACCACUUUGAUAUUUUAUGUAUUUUUACUUUUUUUUGAAAUGGUAUAUAUAUUUGAAGACAUAUCUUUGUUUUAUUAUUAGUGUCGACAUUUCAGCUUCUUCUCUUUACAGUUUCCCAUUUUUGCUGGGUUUUUGGGUUUAAUUUUAUUUCUAGUGUGCCGUGAGCCAAUAAAAAAACUAAAAUGUGUGAAAAAACAAAAAAUGUUUUGUGAGAUCCUGAGAAACUUUUUUGUUUGCUUCCGAUAUUUCUGGGUCAGCUGUUGUUGUUUGCUAGUCGUAGCGGAGGACCUUCUGGCUUUAAAACCUUUCACAGGAUCUUUUUCCCACCAUGUCUCUGGCAGUAAGUGCAAUCAAUUAUUAAAGUGAUGUAGAAAUAGGGAAUCUACAGUAGCUCCGCUCGGUGCAGUAGGGUUAUUAUAAUUUGCUGUCUUGAUGAUGAGUAUUGACAACUUCAUACCGCAGCUUGAAGGCAUUUGCUGUUUCUUUCAUACAGUGUUACCGAUCACUUUCAAGCACGCCACAAGACUGAAAUACAUAGAAAUUUAAUGACAUUGUUACGAAAAAGAAAGAAAAA